CGACAAGAGAAAGGCGGAGAAGAAAAAUAAGAGAAAGACGACGUUGGCGCCCGCCGCUUAACCGCCCAUAUAAACCCUGCGUCGACCGCAUUGUGGGCUCAGCCAAGCGAGCGGCGUAGCAAGCCAAGCCAAGUAGCCAAGCCAACGAUCGCCGCCAAAAUGGAGGAUCACUUCGGCCGGAGGAUAUCCAGGGAGGAGGAGGCGGUGGUGAAGCCGACGAGGAGCUUCCGGUACGAGGACUACAGCACCAGGAGGGUGUUCCUGCGCAGCUACCCUCUGCAGUGGGACUCGCCGGCGCCCGGCGGCGGCGACGAGAAGAAGGGCGAGGUGGAGGACGACGACGAGGAGCGGUACGACGGCGCCGGCCGCGACAGGAGGUGGAAGCGGCAGGUGGUGGUGGCGGUGGUGGAGUGGGGGGAGGACAAGCUGCUGCUGCUCAGGCGGGUCAAGAAGCGGCUGGCGCUCUACCUCAUCGGCUGCCACUACAGCCGCCCCGCGCUGCCGUACAAGUCCGGCGGCUCAUGCACCACCGCCAUGCUCAAGUCCAUGUGAUCGCCGCCGUGGCGAGCCGGUUCAGCUGCUCGUGUGUCUGUCCAUGAUACGCAGCAGACAGUUGUUAGUCUGCUCGUGCCGUCUGCCUUCCAUGCUGCUCUGUUUUGUGCGCCUGAAAUACUCUGUAUCUAUGUGUGUCCCUACGUAGAGGUAAUAAUAAGAGUUUGUACGAGUGAUGAAACGCUCAUGUAUAUAUUUUCUUGUGAAAUCUUUGUCAUAUGAUAGAUGGACAGAUCAUUGUUCCAGGAACCUUCAAUACAUAGCUUUUUGAGUAUGUUUA